AUGAUUGACUUAGUUUCGAGACAAACUACAUAUGAUAGUUGCCUAGAAGGUAAUUUCUACAAUGGAAAACAUUUUGCAGCCAGAAUCUCAGCCGUCCCCGUCUUGUUUGUCCUUUCGGUUGUCGGAUCCUUUGCACCGCUAGUCGCUGCUUACUCAAGAAAAUUCCAAAUACCAGAAUGGAUAUUCAACGGCAUCAGGUAUUUUGGAAGUGGUGUGAUUAUAGCCACUGGAUUUAUACACUUGAUGGCAGAGGCAGCUGCGGCAUUGAGUAACACGUGCUUGGGCCCACCAUUCACUGAUUAUCCCUUUGCCGAGGGUAUAGCAUUGAUUGCGGUAUUUUUCAUCUUUUUUUUCGAUAUUGUUGCUCAUUACAAGUUGUCAAACAAGGCAAAAGCACGAAUUGACGGCGAGAAGCACUGUAAUCUCCCGAUUGGAUUUGAAUCAGUUACGGGAGAACCAUCCACUAAUAUUUGUCGAGCAUGCGAGCCUAUUGAAGAAGAUCAAGAGUCGAAAGCGUCAAAGAAAUCAUCCGACAUUGAAAUCAAUGAACGCAACCUCUCCAAACUUGAGAGCUUGUACCAACAGAUCUUAAACUGUGUUGUGUUGGAAUGCGGUAUUGUUUUGCAUUCAAUCUUUGUUGGGUUGUCAUUAGCUAUUGCAGGAGAUGAAUUUGUCACCUUGUACAUAGCAAUAGGCUUUCACCAGCUUUUCGAAGGUUUGGGUCUUGGCACACGAUUUGCAACUACUCAAUGGCCAAAGGGUAAGAGAUAUGUACCAUGGCUCAUGUCGCUUGCUUAUAGCUUAACGACCCCUUUUGCUUGUGGCGUGGGAUUGAUUGUUCGUGAAACAUAUCCAGCUGGAUCACGAACCUCAUUGAUUACUACGGGUACUUUCGAUGCUACAUGCGCCGGAAUCUUGAUCUACAAUAGUAUUGCCGAGUUGAUGGCAUUUGACUUUAUGUAUUCUGGCGACUUCAAAGAUAAGUCCAUUAAGAAGUUGUUGUUUGCGUACCUUUACUUGAGCUUGGGUGCUUUUGCAAUGGCAUUUAUCGGAAAAUGGGCAUAG